GUUGCUGUAAGCAAACAAGUUGGGAAGCGGCGGCGGGAGCGGCGCGGACGGGCUGGGCUGCGAGCAGCCGGAGGAGAUGCAGCUCCAGCCGGGCCCCGGGUGAGGACAGCCGGGCGGCGGAGGUGCCAUGUCCCUCGGCGUGCCCAGCAGCAGCGACGCGUGCCUGAGCAUCGUGCACAGCCUCAUGUGCCACCGGCAGGGGGGGGAGAACGAGACCUUCGCCAAACGAGCCAUCGAGAGCCUGGUCAAGAAGCUGAAGGAGAAGAAGGACGAGCUCGACUCGCUCCUCGCCGCCGUCACCACCAACGGCGCCCACCCCAGCAAGUGCGUCACCAUCCAGCGCACCUUGGACGGGCGGCUGCAGGUGGCUGGAAGGAAGGGGUUCCCCCACGUCAUCUACGCCCGGCUCUGGCGCUGGCCCGACCUGCACAAAAACGAGCUCAAACACGUCAAAUUCUGCCAGUUCGCCUUCGACCUGAAGCACGACAGUGUCUGUGUCAACCCCUACCACUACGAGCGCGUGGUGGCCCCCGCCGUCGGUCUGAGCAUCCAGAGCACAGUGCCCCCCACGCGCCUGGUGAAGGAGGAGUUUGUCCAUGACUGUGUGCAGAUGGAGGUGCCACCCGGCCGGGACCUGCCCCACGCCGAGCCCUACCACCAGCCGCUGCCCCCCACGCACCUCCCCGAGACCCCCCGCGUCCCCGGGAGCCUCUGCCCCACGCUGCCCGUGUCACCCCCAGUGGCCCCCGGCAGCUCCCUGCUCUCGCUGCCCCACGCCGAGGGGCUCCUGCGGAUGGCUUGUCCCACGCCACCCCCGGCCACCCUGCCACAGCCCCCCCCGCAGAAUGGCUACCCCAAACCUCCCUAUCACGGUUCUCCGGUGAGCUGGACCGGCACAGCCAUCUAUGCACCGAGGCUGGGGGGGCCACAGCCCACCCCCACACCCCAGCCCAGCAGCCGGAGCCACCCACAACCCCCACUCCACCACCCCAACCACUACUGGCCCCCACACCAUAACUCCAGCCCAUACCAGCAACCAGUGUCCACCCACCCCGGGCCAGAGUUUUGGUGCUCCAUCACCUACUUUGAGAUGGAUGUGCAGGUGGGGGAGAUCUUCAAGGUGCCAUCGAGCUGCCCCGUGGUCAUCGUGGAUGGUUACGUGGACCCCUCAGGGGGGGCCCGAUUCUGCCUGGGGCAACUCUCCAACGUCCACCGCACCGACGCCAGCGAGCGAGCCCGGCUGCACAUCGGGAAGGGCGUGCAGCUGGAGUGCCGGGGCGAGGGCGACGUGUGGAUGCGGUGCCUGAGCGACCACGCCGUCUUCGUCCAGAGCUACUACCUGGACAGAGAGGCCGGCAGAGCCCCCGGGGACGCCGUGCACAAGAUCUACCCCGGAGCCUACAUCAAGGUGUUUGACCUGCGCCAGUGCCACCGCCAGAUGCAGCAGCAGGCGGCCACGGCUCAGGCUGCAGCCGCCGCUCAGGCGGCCGCCGUGGCCGGCAGCAUCCCGGGGCCCGGCUCGGUGGGCGGCAUCGCCCCCGCCGUGGGGCUGUCGGCAGCGGCGGGGAUCGGCGUGGACGACCUGCGGCGCCUGUGCAUCCUGCGGCUGAGCUUCGUGAAGGGCUGGGGGCCCGACUACCCCCGGCAGAGCAUCAAGCACACGCCGUGCUGGAUCGAGGUGCAGCUGCACCGUGCGCUGCAGCUGCUGGAUGAGGUGCUGCACGCCAUGCCUGCUGCGGAGCCGCGGCCCCUGCGCUGAGCCCUCCCCUCUAUUUAAUUUUUGUAAGAAAAAGACCAAAAAAACCACACAAAAAAAGAUUAAAAGGCCCAAAGCCACGGGUUUAGCUCUGA